UCCGCUGGUUUAUCCCGAGGACGUGCCCACCGCUUGUGUCCUGGUUUCUCUCCCUGGCUCACCCCGUUGUGCUGUUCUGAGUCACUCAAGGCCAUGGCUGCCCACACGCGAGCACACGCAUGCACCGUUUCAUGUACAUAGGUCGCGGCCCCCGAGUUCCCAGAGGCCUUCAGGGAGCCGGGCGGCCCCUUUCUCACACCCUGUGCGAGAUGGAGCCGCUGACCAGAUGGCCCACGUCCACGCGUCAGCCCCUCUGGCGUCUGGGCAAAGAGCAGAGCUGUCAUUGUGACAGCUGGGGCGCCAGCCGUGUGGUUGACCCGGGACUGCCUGUUUUAGCACAGAAGCCCUGUACCCCAGAGAUGGAAUCCCCACAGUCCAGGAAAGUCAGGACGGCUGGGCACCCUCAGCACCCCAAAGGCCGUGCAGACGGGGGUGGGAGGUGAGGGGACAGCCUAAUUGCAGGAGCCCGGCGAUCACACUCACAUCAACUUGAGCUGAAAGGCAUUUUAAAGAUAACUGUUCCUCUCGCACCCACUUGCGGUUUUGCUAAAUGCUUGCCUAAAUCCACUGGAAUUUUGAAAAUGCGAUUUCCUAAAAAAAAAAAAAAAAGCGAUUUAUUUUUCUUAACCUUGACAUGGUUUUGCUGGCGGGGGGUUGUGAGCUAAGCUUCGUGCUCGUUCCCGUGACGACCGCGAGGGGGCACUGUGGUCCUGCAGACGGAGCGCGCUGCCCUCCCCAGCGGUGUGUGCCCUGCUGUCGUCCGGAUGGGAUUUUCGGGACGGCGAGGCGGCGGCUUGGUAACCGUGCAGAGUAUUGAUGGUCUCGCUUCAUUUGGGGCCCGGAGAACUCUGCCUCACUUAGUUACUUGGUCUCACUAGGAACAGGAGGACAGUGGCUCUGAGGCCUUCUUUCCUAAGGAGUCCCCUCCCUUGAAUGUCCCCGAGAGCCAAGACAUUUGGAUCACUUCUCAUGUUGUCCCCAAGACGCCGGGUGAACCUUAUACUAAUGAGGGACCCCUCUGCCCUGACGUCAUCAGGGGUAACUUAACCGACAUCACAGAGGACGGGCUUCUUGAGGAGCGUUCCGGAAUGGACUUUGACGAUGAAGAUGGCGAAGGUCCCAGCAAAUUUUCAAGAGAGAACCACAGCGAGAUCGAGCGGCGCCGGAGGAACAAGAUGACACAGUACAUCACGGAGCUGUCGGACAUGGUGCCCACGUGCAGCGCGCUGGCGCGGAAGCCGGACAAGCUCACCAUCCUGCGCAUGGCGGUGUCGCACAUGAAGUCCAUGCGCGGCACGGGGAACAAGUCCACGGACGGCGCCUACAAGCCGUCCUUCCUCACGGAGCAGGAACUGAAGCAUCUCAUCCUGGAGGCAGCCGACGGGUUCCUCUUUGUCGUGGCGGCCGAGACCGGGCGCGUGAUCUACGUGUCCGACUCCGUCACCCCCGUCCUGAACCAGCCCCAGUCGGAGUGGUUUGGGAGCACCCUGUAUGAGCAGGUGCACCCCGACGACGUGGAGAAGCUGAGAGAGCAGCUCUGCACCUCCGAGAACUCCAUGACAGGAAUGACUAUACCUGAGGAAGAUGCCGACGUGGGACAGGGCAGUAAAUAUUGCCUCGUGGCAAUUGGAAGACUUCAGGUGACCAGCUCCCCCGUGUGCAUGGACAUGAGCGGGAUGUCGGUGCCCACGGAGUUCCUGUCCCGGCACAGCUCUGACGCGGUCAUCACGUUUGUGGACCCGCGCUGCAUCAGCGUGAUCGGCUACCAGCCGCAGGAUCUUCUGGGAAAGGACAUUUUGGAAUUCUGCCACUCCGAGGAUCAGAGCCAUCUGCGCGAGAGCUUUCAGCAGGUGGUCAAGCUGAAAGGCCAAGUGCUGUCGGUCAUGUACCGAUUCCGCACGAAGAGCCGGGAGUGGCUGCUGAUCCGCACCAGCAGCUUCACCUUCCAGAACCCCUACUCGGACGAGAUCGAGUACGUCAUCUGCACCAACACCAACGUCAAGCAGCUCCAACAGCAGCAGGCAGAGCUGGAGGUUCACCAGAGAGACGGGCUGUCGUCAUACGACUUGUCACAGGUUCCUGUCCCCAACCUGCCGGCUGGUGUGCACGAGUCUGGGAAGUCUGUGGAGAAGGCGGAUGCGAUCUUUUCGCAGGAGAGGGACCCUCGGUUUGCUGAGAUGUUUGCAGGCAUCAGUGCAUCGGAGAAGAAGAUGAUGAGCUCGGCCUCCACGGCGGGAACCCAGCAGAUCUACCCCCAAGGGAGCCCCUUCCCGGCGGGACACUCGGGGAAGGCCUUCAGCUCACCUGUGGUUCACGUGCCCGGGGUGAACGACAUGCAGUCCCCCUCCCCCGCGGGCCAGAGCAUGUCCCAGAUCUCCCGGCAGCUGAGCCAGAGCCAGGCGGCGUGGGCGGGGAGCCGGCCGCCCUUCCCCGGACAGCAAAUCCCUUCUCAGUCCAGCAAGACGCAGUCGACCCCCUUUGGGAUUGGGACAAGCCACACCUACCCGGCCGACCCCUCCUCCUACAGCCCGCUGUCCAGCCCGGCCACCUCCUCGCCCAGCGGGAACGCUUACUCCAGCCUGGCCAGCAGGACUCCAGGGUUCGAUUCUUCUGCAAACGUGAGAAUCGAGAUCCGAGGCCAGAUACCGCACAGCACGAGGGAAGGGGCCAGGCUUCCGAGCUGCUUCUCAGCCCUCGCAGGACCAUCCGUGUUUAGAGCACGUGACAUUUCCACAGGGCUCUUCCAUCCACGGUACGUGGGCUGCCUUAAUCUACGUCUUUCGACCUGCAUGCGAUGCUGGCCCUUCCUGCCAGGGAAACGAGGCGUGGGCCGGUGUCCAGCGGCAGUCCCGGUCACUGGCGCAGCGCAGUGGUGCUUACGUGUUUACACCAAGAUGAGGGCCGGCUGGACAAGCUGGGGUGGGCCAGUGCGUCGCAGAGACACUGCAUCUGCCCAGCCGGGCCAGUGGAGCCUGUGCAGCCUGCCGUGUGGGCACCCGCCGUCUGCCCGCCAGGAGCUGUCACCGGGCUUCCGCCGCCUUUCGUUCUGAGCUUGCUCCGGCUUCCGCACACCUCCUCCCCUGCGUCGGGCCGUCCCCUCGUCUGUCCUGGUAUUUCUCGCUCUCGGCUGCGUGGCGGAGCGUGGGGCAGCGGGGAGGGUCGUCUGAAUCCGAGGCCCCUGAUCCCGAAACGCACCUGUUCUCCGCUGAUCACCCACGGCAUGAGCCUGGACCGUACUGCAGAGGUUCUGACAAAGUCUGCGUGUGUGUGAAUGGAUGAUGUCACCCUUCUGAUUGGCAGCAGCCCCGCAGAAGUACCCAUCAAAUCACAGCAGACACCUGUCACAGCCAGUGUGAAAUGCAUCGUCGUGUACGCACACGCACACGCACACGCACACACACGAUUUUCUUUGCCCUGUCAGCCCCAGGCCCAUGGUGGACGCCAUAUGGAGACGAAAUCCCUCUAUCUGACUCACCAAGAACACGGCUACCACUCCCAACCCCCACAGUGUCUUUGCAAACCAUAAAUCUUGUCCCUACGUUUUGUGGGUCUGGAAGUUAUUUGAAAAUGGGGCUGGAUUUGUUAGAAGUUUUUUUUUUUGCACUGAAUGUGAAACCCGUGUGAGUGUUAAAUUGUGUGUUUUCUCUCCUUUUGAUUUCAUGGUGAAUGUGAGGCUUGGGGUUUCCUUCAUUAGUCAGAUGAGUAGUUUAAAGAAGAUGAACCUGUCCACUACGCGUCCCCUCCCGGGUCUCCAGUGCUUUCUCAGUGCAUCCUUCCCCUGCCUGCUAGAAUCCUCUACCUUAUGAAAGAAACACCCUUCUCGAAGACGAGAUAGAGUCAUGUGUCUCCCCUACCAUUCCCCAUCAGAUUUCUCUCAGCAUUCUGCAUGCAGGUGGUGAGCUGAACAGUGCCCUGCUGAUUGGACAUACCAAGUUUGUCACCUGUGAAGCACGGACACGCAGCUCGGUCUGUCCGGUCUUAUGCUGGUGUGACUGUUUCUGACGCGUGUGUUUAAUAAUUUGUUACUGUAAACGCCCUGCAGCUGAAGCGUUCACGUGCACUGUUCCCAUGUGCAACUCUCCAAACUCCUAAAAGAAAAAAAGAUCUUAAAAUUGAUGCUAUGACAGUGUUCGUUAUCACCUGGAAGUUAGAUUUGCAAGCUCAGCACAUGAGAGAGUCUUCCUUCCCGUUUUCUACUUUAAAGCAGUUCCUUAUUUAACCUAGUUGAACUAUUACAUCUUUGCACGUUUUUUUUUUAAAAAGCCAUUGGAAAGGAUCAAAACCUGAAUUCCAGUCGAUCGCCGAGAAUGUUUUGCGUUCCUCUCACGGGCUAGGACAUGUUUGGUACUGAUUAGACAGGGACAAACAAGGCGGACACGUUCCCUAUUUUCAAGUCACUUAACAAAUCCAAAGUGUGUGACCAGCUUCAGGGACUGUGGGCCGCCUGCUCAGCACCCGUGAAGAGGUGACGGGGCGCAGGCGUGAGCACGUCACCGUCCACGCAGGGGACGGAGCUGCGAAAGCGUCUGGGUGGCCGGUGCUUUCUUUCUUCCCGUCCUUCCUUAUCUCUGCGGGGCCGUCUCAGCCCUUCGUGAAGCUCUGCGCUUUCCCCCGCUGACCUCAUUUACAGCACUUCUGAUAAAAGAGCUGGAAGAGGUUCUGGGAAAAGAUAUUUUGGCUCCAAAAGCUCUUAGUUGAAUGGCAGGCCCCUUACUCCGGUGAACACCGGCACAGAUCCCCUCGAUUCGCCCAAAGUGCCAUUUAUACUACUUUCCAAAUUAUAAGCUUUUAUUUUCUUCAUAGUUCAGAUGUGUUAGUUUUAUAGAUCUCUCCUCAAAACUCUAUCCCACCUCUGGUCAUAUUUUAAUAUUUUUCUGUGGGGCAACAAGCAGGAUGCAGGCAUAACCCUUCCACGGCCAUCGACAAAAUAGUCUUUGUCCUUGGGCAAGCGGCUUAGAGCCACGGUAAGGUCUUUGCUUUGGAUGCCUGCACCCAAUUCCUGGCCAUCGCGUUAGGCUACAGGUAACAAAAUCCCCAGCUGCAAUGACAUAAAGGGGCUUAUUUUUCCCACACAACAAGAAGCCUGGACAGAGUCUUCAGCAGCUCCACCAAGGGACUAGACUCUUCUGUCUCCACCAUCUUCCACGAGGAAACCCGCCCUCCCAGAUGCGAGACGGCCGCACCCCUAAGAACGGUGCAUCCCGCGUGGGGACGAAGGGAAGCGUCGCAGAGGAGUCGGGCCUCGUUUCUCUUUCCAGAAGCUCCCCCAAGUUCUCCACUUAGAGACCGUUGGCCAGAACCGUGUCACCUGGCCAUGCUCACAGCAGGGGGCCUGGGCAACGGCACGUCUUAACUGGGGGCAGUGCCACCCAGAACAGAGCCGGAGUUGCAUCAGCGAGAAAGAUGAUGGGAGAAUGUCACACUCCUUAGCCGGAGGACACGCGCAGACCCCUGACGCAGUGUGUCCCCGGCACUUCCUUCGGACGGCACGUCUGCGAGGCCUGGACUCCAGCAAUCCCGCCCCGACCAGCAGGGAAAGGCUUGGUCUCGAUGCACUCACCAGAUCGCGCCUCCAUAUUGUCCCCAUUUGACUGAUACUUACUGAGCAUCAUCUUCUGUGCCAGGCAUGGAGUAAACGGUGGUGACCAAAACAGGCAAGACCCUUGCCGUCUCAGAGCCUGCCGUCCCAGAUUUAAAACCAGAAAAGAAAACGUGAAAGUCGGAAUGUCUCUUAUUAGACUUCUCUUUUACCUUCCAGCUGAACACCCAGAUUGUUUUUCAGCAUGAGUGAGUGUCCUUGUCUUGUGGUUAAUAAAACACAGAUGGCUCUCUA